AUGCUUCGAAAAAGACUCUCCCGUUGGACCUCCAGAACGGAAGGCGGAGAUGCGCCUCAAUCAGACUUUAAUGACGUAUUCUGGACGAGCUACGUAGACCUUUUGGCUCGAAACGCUUCCGGAAACCGUGCGCUGGAAAUUUUGCCUGUCAACACCAAGAAGUAUAGUAGUUCGUCUAGUGCCGUAGCUCAAGUACGGGCGCUUUUCCCGCCUGAACUUCCGCAGCCUUCAACGGCGCAGAUCGUUGCGCUGCUUAAAUCGCCAUUCUCGCAGGGUGGCAAUGUUACCCGGGCGUUCUUCUUCAUACGGGUGUUUCAAUUGAGCAUGCAAGGAUUCUUCAUUACCAACGACGGAGUGGACCUCUGCGGAAACAAAAUCCAGCUCUUGGGCGCGGAGAACUGGGAAAAUGUUAUGUGCUAUAUGGACGCUCUCUUGUUUUCCAUGUUUGCUAAGUUAGAUAGCUUUGAGCCUGUCCUCUUCCUUCUGAAUCAAAGCCCAAACCCCCUUGUGGGGCGGCUCUCUGCCCUUCUCCGUGUAUACGUCAAUCUCUUGCGACUGGGAAGUCUCAUUACCACAGACCUUUCUCAGGCAAUCUGUGAAUGUCUCGCGGCGCUUGGUUUCACGGAGGCCACUAGUCAUCGCCAACAAGACUGUGCUCCGCUAUUCGAAUUCUUGACAGAGACAUUGGCCAUGCCGCUUCUCACUUUCCGCGUAGAAAUCCAGCAUUCAGGCAAACAUGAUGACGAUGAUCGGCGAUACUCAAAGGAAAGAAUAUUGUUUGUGUCUGUACCCGAACCGGCCUCUGAUGAGGAUCAUACUCCAGACUCUAUCACGUUAGAAGAGUGUCUUGAACAUUAUUUCAACAACUCGAUCUCGGUGAAAAGAGAGCUUCAAAGAAGAGCGACGCUAGAUAGUCAGCCCAGCUUACCUGAAGGUGAGAUUGCGCGUCAGUCUGUGGGUGCAAAAGACUUCCCUACAUUGGAUAGAGUGCGUCGAGGCAUGGCCGAAUCUUCUUCUGAUUCUAAACUUUCCUCUAACAGAAUGUCAACAGCCAAAGAGGAGCAUAGUGUUCUUACGACGAGAUCGUCCCAAGUGCGUGUUCGUACUCGUUCGUCUACAUUAUCCAUCUGGUCCAUUAAUAGCUUUGAAAACAAAUCCCAGGAGGUUAUGCUCCCAGCUUGGAUGCUUUUGCGUCUUCUUCCGUUUUAUACGGAUGACAACGAUACAUGUGGCGGAUCAGAAACAUUCGCCAAAUCGUCUCAAGAGUUCGCCAACCGUAGGCCUGUUUUGCCCAUCUGCUUGAAACGCUAUUCUUUCUCGAAAUCAGACAAAAAGGCAAACCGGUCCAAACGGCGCAUCAUAAUUCCGCCAGUUAUCAAUUUGCCUCUGUUUGUCGCAGAAGACGAUGACUCGAAUGAAAAUUUAGCCUCUGGUUUCAAAUUGGUCUUGGAGAGCGCAGUGUGUCACCGAGGCACCUCAAUUGAGUCGGGCCACUUUGUUUCCGCGGUGAGAGUGAAGACGAGUCUGGAGGACGAGUCUUCCGAGGAUUCCCUAUUGGCGCCCUGGUAUCUUUACGACGAUAUGAGGAAAACUGGUCGUGUUGUUGUUAAGUCAUUCAAAGAGCUAUUUGAUACUGAAUGGCCUUACAUUCUCUUCUACAGAUUGGUUGCUAGCAAUGACACCACUAUGAGGAAAACCAGCUACGCGCUGUCGGGCCACCCCUCGCACAUGUCUUCGCCUGUCAUAGCACCGAAAGGCGCAAAGUCUAACUUCUGGUCCGAGGCUGACUCUGAACCAGCGCAGCCUCAAGACGAGAGUAAGGAGCCUGAAACUGGGCCCUCAAUUGUGGUCGAAACAAUCCAUAACUGCGCGCAUAAUUCAGGACAGGUACAAACGGUUCCAGCAAAAGACCUUCUCCCUACGAGUCCGAAGUAUAUUGACAUCCGAAAGCGUUACUUAUGGUAUGUUACAGACCGCAAGAAAAACUACUACAAAGAAUCUGCUGCUGCAUCAAAGACGGGAAGCAAUAUAAGUAUCAGCGUUACACCGCAGUUCAGGCGAAAUAGUCAAUGGAGCAACCUAUCCAACAUUAGCGGGUUGGCUCUCGAAAAUAGAGAAUGCUUGGAGAAAGAUCACCUAGACCCGCCUCCUGAGGAAUUGGUGAAAGAGAAACAUGCCGGUCAAAAAAGCAAAACGCAUUCGCUCAAGGGCUUAUCGCGAGAAAGCUCCACCAAAGAACGCAAGCAUCAUAUCCACCGAAUUUUCAGUCAUGACAAGGAAGACCAAAAGAUGCCUCAUCAACGAACUAAACUCGAAAAAGACAGCUCCAAGUGUCACAUUAUGUGA